UUUAUUCUACCCUCACAUAUCUCCCUCUCCUCUCCCUGGCUCUCUCUAGUGUAUUUAUGAAACCCUAGGUUCUUUAACGCACCUAGGUGUGUAACAAUAAGCUCCUCUUUUUACAAGCUAUAAUCUUCAGAUGGACUGGUAUUCUCAUAAUAUAUCGUCUACUAUGAAGGAAGUUAAGAAAAAGAAAAAAGAUGUUAAUAUCAAAAAUCAAGCUGAAAUUCCAGAUUUGAUGUCAAAGAUUGACUACAAGCUCUCUCUAGAGACUUCAUAUAACCUCAAAAAGGCACCACCGAUAUACCUGCACUCAAAUAAUAAUUUUAAUGAAGUAGAAGAAGCAAGUUUAAUACUUGGCUUGUAUAUAUUUGGAAAAGACUUUGUUAGAGUGAAAAGGUUUAUCGGUACUAAGAGCAUUGGUGAGUUAAAAACUUUCUACUACACAAAAUUCUAUCAGUCUGAGGAUCAUAAAAGAUGGCGUAUAUAUAAGGAAGCAAGAGAAACUAUAAGAGGUUCCAAUAUGCAACAACUUUUCAUAGAGCCAACACAUCAACACUUUUUAUCUCAUUUACUCCAUAAUGAAUCUGCGAAACAUUGUUGCAAUAAAUUACUUGAGGUGGUUAAGAAUUUUCAUAGGGGAAACUUGAAACUAGAAGAAUAUGUUUUUGCUUUGAAAGAUUUAGUUGGAGUUGAAGCUCUUAUAGAUGCGGUUGGAAUUGGAAAAGAAAAUGAUCUGACAAGUCCCACUGCAAAUUCUAUGAAGUCCAUUAAUGAAAUUCUUGCAGGAAAAGAUUACUCAAAUCUUACACAUAUAGAAAUAAUACUUCUUCUUACAUGUAAUGCUCGAGUAAGUAAAACUCGAGAGAGUGGUCUUUUUUGGAGAGCUGUUUGGCCUCGUUUACUGGCGAAAGGUUGGAGUAAAAUUUCUAAAGGUUGUAGUAUAGUUUUUGGUGUCCCUGGAGUUGAAGGAGUUUCAAGGAAACUAGUGAAGGGAAUUCAUUAUUUUGAUUCUAUUAAAGAUCUACUCGCUGAAGUUGCUUCACAUCCUGAACUAAUCAAAGAUCCUGUGAAAGAAACUGCUAUGGUGAAUCAAGUGUUUGGGAUGAAAUUUGAUGAUCCUGAUGUUGUUAGGGUUUCAGCCUUGGAGGAUCACUUCAGGAAUCAUGUUGUAGAAACUGUAAGGAAGAGUAAAAGAAACACAAAACCGUCGAUGAAAGCACUAGAAGCUGUUGUUGAUAAGAUGGAAGAGGUGACAAGUAGCAAGAGGAUGCGAAGGUAAACUUCACCAUGCAGACACCAAUCUGAUAAAACUCUAUAUUGUAGUUUGAUUUGCUUUUUAUCAUUAUGAUUAUAAAUAUCCUUAAGAUUAUAUAUUUAUCUCAUUGUUAAUUUUGUCAAUGGAUCAUGCUUGUACACUUGGAUAAGAUUGUUUGAUUUAUGCAUGUUGUUUGGACAAGAUUGUCUUAUUUAUGCUUG